AUGGCCAUCGCGUCAACGGGGUCUACGCCGGACCGCGGGCCCGCGGUCUUUGCGGUCACCGUCUCUACGCUCGUUGUAGGGACUCUCUUCUUCAUGGCUAGGAUGAUCUGUCGCGCAUGGAUCGUCAAGAGAGUUAGCUGGGACGACUACUUAAUCAUUAUCGCCUGGGUUCUGGCGGCCGGCCUCACCACGACCAUCGAUGUCGGCACCAGUUUUGGUCUGGGUAGACAUGAUGAGGACAUUGCAGAUGCGGAUCUUCUUCCGCUCAGAAAGACGGAAUAUAAUCCUGCUCUCAUGGCUCUCAAGACAUCCAUCUUGAUUUUUUACUUGCGACUCGCAAAGAAUACCCAGCAGAUCCUCCGCAUCGCCUCCUGGAUCGUGGCAGUCAUCGUCAACGUCGCCGGUGUGGUCCUCACCAUGCUGAAUAUCUUUCAAUGCCACCCUGUCGCGGCCUCCUUCAGCACAACCUACUCUGGCCAGCCCAAGUGCAUUCCCCUCCUAACCGAGUUUAUCUGCAGCGCGCCCGUCAACAUCGUCACGGACCUCGCUAUCCUGGCCCUGCCGAUCCCUGUGCUCACCGGCAUGAGGCUUCCCAAACGGCAAAAGUACAUACUCGUCAUCACCUUCUCGCUCGGUAUUUUUGUCACCAUCGUCGAUGUGGUGCGCAUCUACUACCUGCAACAGGCCAUCGCCACCGUGUCUACCGACCCGUCCAGCGACCCGUCCGCCAUCUUUGGCGACAGCCCCGAGUUCCCUUGGAACGCCUCGCUGUCUCUGAUGUGGUCCGCCGUCGAGGUGAACAUCGGCAUGAUCUGCGCCUGUGUGCCGACCCUCAAGCCCCUGAUCAUCAAGAUCCUCCCAGCCGCCAUCCUCGGCCCAGAUGGGACGCAGAAUUCCAUCAUCUCGACGUAUGCCACCGGAAGCGACAAGGAGACAAGCCCGGGAACGCAGAUCGGCACCGAGCCCGCCAUGUCUCGCGACGGACCGCCUGCUAGUCCUGCAGCUGCAGCUGCAGCUACCUUGCCUCCUAUGGACCUGCUCGACUUCCUCACGACGCCCGACAUGACGACGGCGACGGCGACAGCGACGGCCGGCACAAGGGACCGAUUCAACUCGACAGCCACGACGGCGUGGAUGUCUCACAGGACGAGACGCGAUAGCGCAGUCUAUUUCGGGUUCGUCAACAUGAAACGGCCCAAGAGCAUGAUCAAGACGUCGACGGCCGACUCGCUCCGGUACUGCAUCAUUGUGUCGACCUUGUUCUUGCUGUGGGGGUUCUCGUACGGCCUGCUCAACACGCUCAACAACGUCAUCGCCGACAUCGCCGACAUGAGCACAGCCGAGACCGUCGGCCUCACCAGCAUCUACUUUGGCGGCGGCUACUUCUUUGGCCCGCUCAUGAUUGGCGAGUGGGUUCUGCGGCACGACGAGCACUCUCGGUUCCACCCCCGGCGGCGAUACAAGAACCGUGACCCCGUGGGCGGCUUCAAGGCGACGUUUAUCCUGGGUCUCUGCAUCUACGGCGUCGGCACCAUCAUGUUCUGGCCCUCUGCCGUCCUCACCUCGUUCCCAGGGUUCCUCAUCAGCAACUUUGUCGUCGGGUUCGGCCUUGCCGUGCUCGAGACAGCCGCCAACCCUUUUAUCAUCCUCUGCGGCCCGCCCAUGUACGCCGAGGUGCGCAUCCUGAUCGCGCAGGGGUUCCAGGGCGUCGCCACCGUCGUCAGCGGCGUGCUCGCGCAAAAGGUCUUUUUUGUCAACCUCGGCACCGGGUCCCGGGCCACCUCGGACGAGCUGCUCGACGUGCAGUGGACGUACCUGGCCAUCACCCUCUUCUGCGUCGCCCUGGCCCUCUUCUUCUACUACAUGCCGCUCCCCGAGGUCCGCGACGCCGACCUGGGCCGCGCCGCCCAGCGCCUGCCCGUGGACGCCACGAAGCGCAGCAUCGGCGGCCUCCAGCUGCGCACCGUCUGCAUCAUCCUCGCCGUGCUCGCCCAGUGGACCUACGUCGCCGCCCAGGAGUCCAUGUCCAUCUUCUUCGGCAGCCUGGUCGACGCCUUCCUCCCAGGCGGCGAGCAGGAGCGCGCCGCCGGGCCGCCGGGCCUCUCCCUCUCCAUCAACGACUACAUCGUCGUCGCCCACGCCGUCUUUGCCGUCUCGCGGUUCAACGCCGCCCACAUCGCCUGGUACGGCGUGCGCCACCCCCACGCCCGCCUCGUCCCCUCCCCGCGCACCAUGCUGGCCCUCUUUUCGGCCCUCUCGGCCCUCGCCGCCCUCGUGUGCGUCGUCCUGCCCGCCACCACCAGCACCAACCCAAACAUCAUCGCCAUCCCCGUGCUGGUCUUCUUCUUUGCCGAGGGCCCGCUCUGGCCGCUCAUCUUCGCCAUCGGCCUGAGGGGCCAGGGCGACCGCACCAAGCGCGCCGCCGCCUGGCUCACCAUGGGCGCCAGCGGGCCUGCCAUCUGGCCCUUUGUCAUGUACGCCGUCGUCAGCGCCGGAAAGACACAGCUUGCUUUUAUCGUCGUGGUCGUGCUGCUCCUGUUCACCCUGGCCUACCCGCUGUACCUGACGCUCGUGCGCGACGCGCGGGUCCUGGUCGACCCGGUGUUCCGAGGGCGGCCUGUGGGCGCGGGCGGCGGGCUGGGCGGGCUGGAGGGCGCGGAGAGCGGGCCUAGCAGUACGAGGGACCAGAGCCUCAGCGCGGACGAGGUCGUGCGGCAGAGGCAGCAGAGGAGGCAGCGGACGGGGUCGUCGUCGGUGGGCGCGGGCGCGGGCGCGGAGAGGGGCGCCGGGGCUAUCGCGAUGGAGCUGAUGAAUAAGCUUACGCUGGGCAAGAAGAGGGAUUGGCGGAGGAAAGGGUCUGGGUCGACGGUUAGUGAUUGUCCUCGUUGUGAGCACCGAGAGAUGACGAGUGAUGGGGUUGGUGGUGGUGGGCAGGAUAGGACGGGGUCUACGAUACCCGAGGAGCGGUGA